AUGUAUGUCCAGAAAAUUCAUUCUCCACCAGUGGCAGCUGAAAAAAAAGUCCGAUUCCAGCCAAAAGAUGACCUGGUACUGCUGAGAAAGGUCCUGGCUAGAUAUCCAUUUAAAAAUAAGUCUGCCUGGAAUGAGAUAGCAUUAUCAGUAGCAGAUACCAGAUCUAAUUUCCAGGUUGAUGCAAGACGCGUCCGGGAAAGAUCACAUUUGCUGAUAGAUCCGCAUAAAAAAACCAAUGCUGAAUCUUUGAAGAGUUCAGGGAUUGAUGAAGAGUAUGAAGAGAAAGAAACUCUACUGGAUGAAAUUCUUUCAUUUAGAAACAGUUCUGGAAAUAUUGUUGGGUACUUGAAAGAAAUAAAUGAGGCCGAAAUGGUAUAUCGAAGACAAGAACUUGAAGUAAAAAAACAGCAACUGCAAUUGGAGGAGGAAAAAAUUCAAUUAGAGAAACAAGAAAAAUUCAAAAACUGGGAAACAAUAAACAAGAAAAAAACACUAAUGUUGGAGCUGUAAAAAAAAUGUU